GUAUAUAGUGUAUAUAUAUAUAUAUGUAGCAGUAGCGUGUGAUGUGACGGUCUGAAGCGUGUGAUGUGUGUCUCUGCUGCUGCAGGCGUGUGCUCCAGCUCAGUGGAAAAGAAGAUCUAUGUUGAGCUCAAUGAAACGGUUCCGUGUGUCCGACUGCUGAACGCCACGCAUCAGAUCGGCUGCCAGUCCUCUAUGUCAGGAGAUACAGGAGUCCUCCAUGUGCUGGAGUCAGAAUCAGAUCUGGACUGGAUUCUCAGCUCGGGACCGCAUCCUCCGUACAUAGUGAUCAUGGAGACGGCCUUCUUCAACAGGUCGGUCAUGAUGAGGAUGAAGAGCUCGUCCAGAGUGGCUGGAGUCGCUGUGAUCGUCUCAAAAACAGGCCUUGCUGAUAAUUUCUCACCUCACACGACCUGCCCCAACCAGAACACAGGUGUGUAUUCUGCGAGUUACGGCUCUGAUCUGGCGAACUGUAACGUGACCGUGUGGAAUCCUCUGGGGAACGGACUGUCCUAUGAAGACUUCGCUUUCCCUGUGUUUGCUCUGAAAGACGAGAAUCAGACUCAGGUCAUCCGUAAGUGUUACGAGGAUCAUAACCUGCGUGUGAACGGAAGCACUCCUCAGUAUCCGCUGUGUGCCAUGCAGCUCUUCUCACACAUGCAUGCUGUGACCGACACCGUGACCUGCAUGAGACGCACCGACCUGCAGAACCGAUUCAGCAUCAACCCAGAAGUCCUGUGUGACCCGUUGAGUGAUUUUAACGUCUGGACAUCCACUCGGCCCCUCAACAGCAGCGCCAAGGGCCACGCAGCUAACGAGAGCGUCGUCCUCGCAGCCACACGGCUCGACGGCAGGUCGUUUUUCUGGGAACAGGCUCCGGCCGCCGAAGGAACCGUGUCAGGAAUCGUCACCCUAUUGGCCGCCAUUCAAGCCCUCUCUCCUGUCACUCAGGAAGCUCCGCCCCCUCGCAAUAUCUUCUUCACCUUCUUCCAAGGGGAAGCCUUUGACUACAUCGGCAGCUCAAAAAUGGUGUAUGACAUGGAAAAAAACGAUUUUGUUAUUGACUUGAACAAUGUGCACUCCAUGCUGGAAAUUGGGCAGGUCGGCCUGCGCAGUGGGCAGAGCCUCUGGAUGCACUCUGACCCCGUAUCCCGCAAGAACGACAGUGUGAAUGAGGAGGUGUUGGAUCUGAUGAGGAGAAUGCAGUCUGCUGCUGCUGGUCUGAAUGUCUCGUUGGGUCAUCCGUUGUUCACGCAGCCGCUGCCGCCCUCGUCUCUCCAGCGGUUCCUGCGAGCCAGACCGAUCCCCGGCCUCGUGCUGGCAGACCAUCAGACAUUGUUCAACAACAGAUACUACGAGAGCAUGUACGAUGACGCAGAGAACCUGAACGUCACUUAUCCGCCCGACCUAAAUCCAGACGAGCAGCUGGUGUACGAGACGGACGCGGCCAAGUCUCUGGCAGAAGUGGCCACACUCGUCGCUCGCUCACUUUACUUACAGGCAGGAGGAGAGGAGAAGAGCCUGAGCAACAUCACCGCUGACCCCAAGAUCGUGAGUCACGUGACCAACACACACACACGCACACUGGGCGUGGCCGUGCUGCUGCUGUCUCUAUUGGUGACGUAUUUCAUCAGCUCGAAGGCGGAGCUUCUGUUUAGCUCCGCCUGUGAAACGCCCACAACGGCCUACUGA